GCUUACGUCACCGCGGCGUCACAGGGCGCAUGCGCGUUCCUGAGGCUCCGCUCCGCUUCGCUCGCCGCUCACCGGGACCGGAGCCGACGCAGCCGCGGCGCACGCGCAGCGCGGCGUCCUUCGCCGCGUCCUCUAACUGGCGGCUGUAGGCGCCCGGCGCUCCGUGCGCACAUGCGCGCGGCUGCCCGCUGUCCGGCGGCGGAGGGCGGGCUGGGGCGUUUCGCGCAGCGCGGCCAUGGCGGGGGCGCUGAGGAAGACCACUGGACUUGUAGGACUGGCCGUAGCUGAAAACCCUCAUGAGCGCCUGCGAAUACUGUACACAAAAAUCCUUGGUGUCCUGCAGAACAUUCCCAAAGAUGCAGCAUACAGGAAAUACACUGAGCAGAUUGUAAAUGAGCGAUUUAAUUUGGUGCAAACAGAGACUGACGUGCAAAAGCUACAGGACAAACUGAAUAGUGGUCAUAUAGAAGAAGUCAUUUUACAGGCUGAAAGUGAGCUUUCCCUGGCAAGAAAAAUGAUGCAGUGGAAACCAUGGGAGCCUCUAGUUGAAGAACCUCCUUCUGACCAGUGGAGAUGGCCAAUCUAAUUUUCAAAAUGGUGUAAGCUCUUGAGAGUAAAAAAAAAAAGUUAAUUAUUAAUCUAUUAUUUCUGACAGCUGUCCUUAAAUAUAACUUCAUAAAAACAUGUUUCAUCCCAGUGUCCCUUUAUAUUUAGCAAUCUAAAGACUGCUUCCAAUUCUUUGGAAAAACAGUUUUUGGAAAAUUCUUUCCAGCUGUUAUACAACCUUUGGUUUAUUUCCUUUAGUAAUUUAUUAUUAACGGGGUAUUUGUGCGGUGUUAUUUUUAUAAUCUGCUUUUGUAUGUUAACAAAUACAGAUAUUACAGGCCAUUUGAAAUCA